AUGCGUGAAUGUAUAUCCAUACAUGGGGGACAAGCAGGUGUACAAAUUGGCAACGCAUGCUGGGAACUUUAUUGUUUGGAGCAUGGGAUUCAACCGGAUGGCCAAAUGCCUUCAGAUAAAACAGUCGGAGGCGGUGAUGAUUCAUUCAAUACAUUCUUUAGCGAAACUGGAGCAGGUAAACAUGUUCCUCGAGCUGUCUUUAUCGAUUUGGAACCUACAGUCGUAGAUGAAGUGCGUACUGGUACAUAUCGGCAACUGUUUCACCCUGAGCAGCUAAUAACUGGAAAGGAAGAUGCAGCGAAUAAUUAUGCAAGAGGUCAUUACACUAUUGGAAAAGAAAUAGUUGAUCUUGUGUUAGAUAGAGUACGCAAAUUGGCAGAUCAAUGCACUGGUCUCCAAGGGUUUUUGAUCUUUCAUUCAUUUGGUGGUGGCACUGGAUCUGGUUUUGCAUCACUUUUGAUGGAGCGCUUAUCAGUUGAUUAUGGUAAAAAAUCUAAAUUGGAAUUCGCCAUUUACCCAGCACCGCAGAUUUCCACUGCAGUAGUGGAGCCAUAUAACUCCAUUUUGACGACGCAUACAACCCUAGAACAUUCUGAUGCUGCUUUUAUGGUAGACAACGAAGCCAUAUAUGAUAUUUGUAGAAGAAAUUUAGACAUAGAGAGGCCAACUUACACUAAUUUAAAUCGUUUAAUUGGACAAAUAGUAUCUUCGAUCACAGCUUCUCUUCGCUUUGAUGGAGCGUUAAAUGUAGACCUCACAGAAUUUCAAACUAAUUUAGUGCCUUAUCCGCGAAUCCAUUUUCCUUUAGUUACUUAUGCUCCAGUUAUAUCUGCAGAAAAAGCUUAUCAUGAGCAACUCUCAGUAGCUGAAAUUACCAACGCUUGCUUUGAGCCUGCAAAUCAGAUGGUAAAAUGUGAUCCUAGACAUGGCAAAUAUAUGGCAUGUUGCAUGCUAUAUCGCGGUGACGUAGUACCUAAAGAUGUCAAUGCAGCCAUAGGAACUAUCAAAACAAAACGCACAAUUCAGUUUGUUGAUUGGUGCCCCACUGGAUUCAAAGUAGGUAUUAAUUAUCAACCACCUACUGUUGUUCCGGGCGGAGACCUGGCAAAAGUUCAACGUGCUGUCUGUAUGCUAUCCAACACGACUGCAAUUGCAGAAGCAUGGUCGCGUUUGAACCACAAAUUUGAUUUGAUGUACGCAAAGCGUGCUUUCGUACACUGGUAUGUGGGCGAAGGUAUGGAGGAAGGAGAAUUCUCUGAAGCUCGUGAGGACUUGGCUGCAUUAGAAAAGGACUACGAAGAAGUUGGUAUGGACUCUGGCGAAGGAGAAGGGGAGGGUGGCGAAGAAUAUUAA